AAUCAGAGUGUUCUGUGAAUCCUCAAGCUCAAGAGAGCAUUUCAGAGUAGAAGCUCCAAUUUACCUCCCUCCUUCCCUCUUUCUCUCUCCAAUGGUUAAAAUGUCUCUGAUUCUGAGUUUCUUUGUGGGUUUUGUUUUGCUUGGUUUCGUUAGCUCAAGAAACUUUGAAGAGCUAUAUCAGCCAGGCUGGGCUUUUGAUCAUUUUACUCAAGAAGGGGACAUUCUCAAGCUCAAGCUUGAUAACUAUUCUGGUGCCGGAUUUGCAUCCAAGAGCAAAUAUAUGUUUGGGAAAGUCUCAAUGCAAAUUAAACUGGUUGAGGGUGACUCUGCUGGAACUGUUACUGCUUUCUAUAUGUCAUCAGACGGUCCAAAUCACAACGAGUUUGACUUUGAGUUCCUGGGGAACACCACAGGCGAACCUUACCUGGUUCAAACCAAUGUGUAUGUGAAUGGCGUAGGUAAUAGGGAGCAGAGGCUGGACCUCUGGUUCGACCCCACCAAGGACUUUCACACUUAUUCCCUCCUAUGGAACCAACGCCAAGUUGUAUUUAUGGUGGAUGAGACCCCAAUUAGAGUGCACAGCAACUUGGAACACAAAGGGAUUCCCUUUCCCAAGGAUCAACCGAUGGGCGUGUACAGUUCAAUAUGGAAUGCGGAUGACUGGGCUACACAAGGUGGGCGGGUGAAAACUGACUGGAGCCAUGCUCCAUUCAUAGCCUCAUACACUGGGUUUGAAAUUGAUGCGUGCGAAUGCCCAGUAUCAGUGGCAGCAGCUGAUAAUGUAAAGAAAUGUAGCAGCAGUGGUGAGAAAAGGUACUGGUGGGAUGAGCCAACAAUGUCUGAGUUGAGUUUGCACCAAAAUCACCAGCUCUUGUGGGUUAGAGCCAAUCACCUCCUCUAUGACUACUGCACCGACGCCGCCAGGUUCCCUGUCACUCCCACUGAGUGUGUGCAUCACCGCCACUAGUUGGUGGGUUGGGUUUGGCUAUUUGGCUCUGAAUAAAUAGAUGGUGGUGUUUUGAUUGUGUAAAAAAGGGGGUGGAAAGCUCAUAGUCAUAGACAUGUACUCCAUGUUUAGUUGUCGGUAGUAGAUUGUAUAAUAGUUCGAUAGAAUAAUGUUAUUUCAGAUUUCGAAUUUCUAAAA